AUGGACCGCGACGGCCGCCCGGGAUGGCUGCCGUCGAUGGGAUUCGCCUUCCUCAGCUUCAACUGCGGGAUGGCCGUCUACCGCUCCUGGGACGACCCCUACACCGUCGGCUUCGUCCUCGCCGCCUACGCCGCCCUCGUCCUCCUCUUCCGCUGCCUCCACCUGCUGGAGCGCCGCAGGGACCAGCGCCUCAAGCUCGCCGUCUGGGGCCUCUCCACGCUCCUCACGCUCAUGUUCUCGUACAAGGUCGCCGCCAUGAUGCCGCCCUGGGCACAGCUGCUCGUCUGGGUCCUGGGGAUCCUCACCAUCGUCGCUGGAUUCUACGCCUUCUUCGUCGCCCGCCCGGAGGAGCCCUGA